GUGGUCGAGGAGUUUCUUGUAAACAGCUACCAAUAAUUUCCCAAAAUGUGGAACAUGCUAAAGUUCAGAAUGGAACCCCUACUAAAACGAGAGGAGAAUUUCCCAGUGGAGUGAAUAGUGUGGCAAAUGGAAAGAAACAUGCAGAAAAGUCGGACAAUUCCAAAUCAAAGACUAUCGGUAAACCCAGCGAUACCAAAAUAACAUUACUGCGCAGACCUAAUCAACAGGAUGCUUCCCAAGUACGGAGCAAAACGCUAGUUCGAUCCUUUCCCCGCAUUCCCACGACGCCAAGAAAUGUGCCCAAAGAACUGGAGAAUCUUGAUCGCAUGACUUCGGCGGAUUUUCGGCACGAUAACGCCGCUCGUCUGGAUAUAAUGCGAUCCCGGGAGAAGGAUCAGGAGCACAUGCACUUCUUUCAAAGCGUCCUAUAUGAGCAGCGGGAACUCAUCAAGGAUCGCACGAUCCUGGUAGUCUGCUGUGGAACUGGAACUCUGGCCCUCAUGGCAGCCCGAAUGGGAGCGAAAAGGGUAUACGCCGUGGACUACUCCAAGGUCACUGGCUAUGCCACCUUGGUGGUGCGGCAAAAUGGCUAUGAAGGUGUGGUCUCAGUCAUGAAUGGUCGCAUGAAGGAUCUUAAACUACCGUCGAAAGUAGAUGGCAUCAUAUGCAACUGGAUGGGUCACUGCUUGCUCUACGAAUCGGAGAUAUUAGAGGUGCUCGAGGCACGCGAUCGCUGGCUGAAGAAAGGCGGCUUUAUCCUACCCGAUCUGGGUUCGCUUUAUCUUGUUGCCUCCGAGGAACACAAACUGAAAAGCGAGAGAUGCAAUCACUGGCGGAAUGUCUACGGAUUCAAUAUGAAUGCCAUACGUCGAUAUGCGCUGGCUGAACCUUGUGUUGCCCUAACGACCGGCGAAAAGCUUUUGACCAUGGCUCAUUGCAUUCUCAGACUAAAUUUAAAAAAUGCCAAAAAAGAAGAUCUGUUUAUAGACCGAAACAUUAGACUAAGUGUCAAUAGAGAGGGUUAUCUGGAGUGCUUUCUUCUCUUUUUCGAAGUGCAGUUUAGUAGUAGCUUACACUUUAAGCUGACUUGUAAUCCCUGUUUUAAGACGCCUUUCAAAUCGCUUUGGAUGCAAACGGUGCUCUUUGUGGAGCAGCCCUUCGUAAUGCGGAAAAAGCUUCACUACACGGGUAACCUGAAAUUCAAAGCCCUGAAACCGAAUAACUUCAAGGAAAUGGAAAUACGUAUUGAGUUUUACGAGGGACGCGAGUACGAUGAAGAUUGGGUGAUGUGUACUCGUCUGGUGGCCAAAAGAUGGCUCAUGCUGGAGGGCUGUCAGUCUAUAAGUGAUGUGGAGAGCUGUCAGGACGAGCAAGGGGAGAAUGGUGGCCAGGACUUUUAG